CGAAGCCGGUACACCGUUUCAGUGUUCACGGUAGAAGAUCCGAACUGGUUGCAAAGGACCGGCGUACACCUGCAGACCGAAAUGCUGUCCGUCCUUCUUUUAGCCAUCGUCUGGUCGUGUUUGUGGAACUGUAAUGCUAACGCCUUACCCGCUAGAAACAACACGGUGAAUCAGCAUCGCUAUCUGCUCGUGAAAGGAGUUUUCCCGCAUCAUACUGAAUUAACCUGCUUACUUUUGGUGGAGGUUUACGGUCGAAUAGCGAUGGGCACACUGAUUACCGUCUCAACCGUACCCUGGAAGCAUUUCGUUGUCGUUCCUGCAAGUCUGCUCCAAGGGCGUUUGCUAGGAUCGACGGAUACUGUCAGAAUCAGGCCCGAACGCAUUAAAGUAGCAUUCGGAGUGCGCCAAAGUGCUGCAGCAGUUCUACAGUCGCAAAAAAUAAAGGCGUUUGGAAUUCACAAGAACUACGUCGAGGGCAAGCCAGAAAACGAUAUUGCACUGAUGGAAUUGAAAGAUCCUCUGAUUCUGUCGCCCGUUGUGCAAAGUUGUGUGAUCGCUACCGAACACGCGCAAUUUCAUACGACGUAUGCGAUGCCGACGUUCACCGAAGGAACGCCGAGAAACGGAUUUCUCAUGAAAGCAGGCAUGACGGUCGUUCGGCAUGAACUCUGUUCACGACAUUAUCACUACGUUUCGUCGAAAAUGCUCUGCGCCAUAGACAACAGUUCCGUUGGUAUCAGAUCGAUGGCACUAGACGGCGCUCCGUUACUCGGGACACCGAACCGUGUAUUUGGCAUGCUUGUAGCACCAGCAGCGGAAGUUGAAAUGCAACAGGUGCCAUUCCUGGAUUUGCCUCGAAAGUCUGCAUGGAUUGACGACGCUGCCAGAGUUCUUGAUAUAUCACCACAAGGCAUCACACUUAACAUUUGUUAA